AUGGUUUUCCUGUCGAUUCUUCUACCAACAAGCAUUGCAAUCGUUUUAGUUGUCCUAGUUCUUAUGAUCCGAAAAAAGAGAACAAGGCCACCUACCAAUGUUGACAUCUUUCCAGGAGGAACAUGGAGAAGAAUUUCUUACUUGGAACUUAUGAGGGCAACAAAUGAAUUUAGUGAGAACAAUCUACUUGGCAAAGGAAGUUAUGGUUCAGUUUACAAAGGAAGAUUAGAUGAGGGAAUGGAGAUUGCAGUAAAGGUAUUCCACUUGGAUUUUGAAAGAGCUCUUACAAGUUUUGAAGUUGAAUGUGAAGUAAUGAGAAGUCUUCGUCAUCGAAAUCUUGUCAAAAUCAUCAGCAGCUGUUCAAAUGGUGAAUAUAAAUCUUUGAUAAUGGAAUACAUGCCUAAUGGGAACCUGGGGAAAUUGUUGUUUUAUGAGAAGAUCAAUGUUUUGGACAUUUCUCAUAGAUUGAAUAUAAUGAUUGAUGUUGCUUCAGCUUUGGAAUAUCUCCAUUUUGGCUAUUCAGUCCCAAUCGUUCAUUGUGAUUUAAAGCCAAGCAAUGUCCUACUAGAUGAAAAUAUGGUUGCACAUUUGAGUGAUUUUGGCAUUUCAAAGCUCUUAGGUGAGGAAGACUCCAUGACACAAACAAAAACCCUUGCGACCAUUGGUUAUAUGGCACCAGAAUACGGAAGAGAAGGAAAAGUAUCUAGAAAAGGAGAUGUGUACAGCUAUGGUAUCAUGCUAAUGGAAACAUUUACAAAAAAGAAGCCAACAAAUGAAAUGUUUACAGAAGAAAUGAGCUUAAGGAGGUGGGUUGGUGAAUCAUUAUGCAGCACAGUGACGCAAGUAGUGGACACAAAUUUGUUUAUAAGGGAUGAUGAACAUUUCUCAAGCAAGAAAGAAUUAUUCCCAAAAUCUGGCUUGCGCCUUGCUAGUGAUUACAGUUACCCUCAAAUCCAUCAAUUAAGGGAGGUAGCUGAGUCCAUUGGAGAAUGUAAGGGAUAUUUCAGGGUUUUCCUAACUGUAUCGUCGUGUUUAUGCAAGCCUAUAAAGAAACCAAGCAAAACUCCUAAUAUUAUCAUGUGUGAUAACAUAGCCAUGGGUGCAAGCCUUACCACUUUCGAAAACAACACCGGUGCUGAGCUUCAAGUGAGGUUCUUUAGACCCCUGGUACGACCCGACCGCUUUCGUAAUACCAUUACAAUCAGAGCGGGUGCGAAAGCUAAUAUAUCACGCUCAGAUUUACGUUGCAACGACACAGACGACCCAGAAAGCAGUGCAGACCCACCGUCGCAAGCCAUUGGAUUAUCGGACGUGGGAGUAUGCCAAGGUGCCGCCGCCACCUAA